AUGGGAAAGCGGCUAAAGACAGACAAGAAUAGUCGCCAACACAAGCAGACUAAGAAAAUGGAAACUAACGGUAAAAAGGAAGAGAAUAGUGAAAGCCAGCAAACCGAAGAACACAAAAGAGAAUGUCGGAAACUGGGAGCAUUCCCCUCCUUAGCACUACCGGGAGAGCUACGAAACCGCAUCUACGAACACGCACUCAUCAAGAGAGAAAUAGUUAUCACAUCCACUCGCAUAGCACCAAUACAAACGCGGCGCAAAUGGGUCUGCCCGGUAGAUGGCAAGCGAACAUACGUGUUCCGAGGCGCUGACUUGGGAGAAUCGGAACAAUCUCCUGAUGGCUUUAGGGUUAGGCCUCCAACGGGAGCUGCUGCGAAUGGAAUUUGUCUUAACCUCUUCUAUGUGAGCCCUCAGGUCUACAGCGAGGCCCGCCCGAUCUUCUACGCAAAGAACGUUUUUGCUUCCACACAUGGGCGCGCGAUGUCGAAGAUGUUGCACUGGCAUUUCUGCGCGAUCGCCCAGUCGAGACCUCCGCUGUGGUAUUUUGGUCUCCAGUUCCGGGACCGGGCGCCUAUCGUCCAUAUCAGAGAGGACGGGACGUUGAGGUGGCAAUGGGCGCCGGCGGACGCAUUACACAGGGGGUUCAACACCCGUGCACCCACCGAUAUGAUGGAAAAGUUCCUCUCCGGCCUCUUUGCACUUGCGCCUAUCAGCACCCUGGCUCUGGAGAUCUGCAUAUCUUCCUCGUACGUCGAACGAGCCACCAAUACGCGUCGACCAAUGAAAUUAGGCUUGGACGAGAGCGCGAUUGACGUGAAAAGGCUUAAGAAACUUAGGGAUCAGUGUAGCAGGCGAGCGCUUAAGAUGAGCGUUGAGCGGCACAGAGCGGUGUUGGAAGAUCCGUGGAGCUAUGUCAUUGCCACUUUGUACCUGCGCUGCAAAGAUAAUAGCAAGGGGACGUCGUUGUUGGCUGAGGGAAGGAAGGAGAUGGAGGAGAAGAGGAAAAAUGAGGUCGUAUUGGCAGAGGAGGGGCCAUGGGAAGGCUAG